UUUAUUUUAAAAAAUAAACGUAAUCAUGAUUUCCAAAGAAGAAGCAAGCUGUUUAUUUUACUGCAAAUCUUACGAAGAAUCCAACGUCAAGACAUGUCUAGAAUAUAUUGAAGAAUCGCCAGACGUUGAACUGUGUUAUACGAACAACCCCGAAGAUCCUAUGCUUAUUUGUAGGUCUCGGAUUUAUGGCUCAAGAGUCUACAAACUUUACAAACAUAAACGAGAACUAGAUGAAGAAGCAGCUAAGACCAUUGAAGCAGCUACGAGGGAAGAUAAAGAAGACUUGAUGUUUGAGAAUGAUAGUCAGAUUGUGGAGUUCUUAAAUCACAUUUAUCGACCAAAAGAGGAAUAUCUUUUCGAUUCACGUUAUAAAUUAAUGUCUGUGCAUGAUAAGGACAUCUUAUCAGUAAUCUGGAAAUUCACCUCUAAGUUUGAUAAGAAAGGUCUUCUAGGAUUCAGUCAAUGGCUAAAUAAAAACAAUGUUGAUUUGACAUCCACUGAGCCAGUAAGAAAAAUAACCAAAACAAGCACAGAAAUCAGAGCUCGAUUUAGACAAUUGAAUGUUUUGCACAAUGUCGACUAUGUUUCUGUAGCAGAAGAUAUCCUACAAGUAUUACCAAAUCACCACAAAAUCAUCAAAGACUUGAAGGAAGAUGGAUACCAAGUAGUUGGGUACAGUCGGAAAUCAGUCGUUGCAUCGGAAAAUCGAGUUAGCUGUCUGCAAAGAAUGGUAAACAUUUUGUAUAGCCGUUCAUUAGUAGACAAGGUUUUUGUCUCGCCUUGCAGCUCAACAAAGCAAAGAUUCGUAAAACGUGAUUCAGGUGAUAAUGAUGAAAUAUUAUCACAACUAAACAAUGUACAUGGUAAUACAGUAGAUUUCUUAAGUUUCCUUAAAAAUAAUAGUAAGGUAUGUGUUGUGGCAAUAGACUAUGCCGGUUUGACAACCAAUGUUUCAGAUCUUAAAAUAUUAUUAAGUGAAAAUCCAAGCUUGAAAAAAGUAAUCAUUGAUGAAUACUUUUAUGAAAAUCAUUUCAAAUAUUUUGACAAUUAUCAACUAUUGAAUAAUCCUAUGGAUUUAAAAGCUUUUCAUUGUCGCUCAAAACCCAAGCAAAGGGGUAAAUAA